AGUUGGAGUUUUCAUCAGGACAUACAGAACUGAAACCCAGAGAUCUUGGAGAAGAACUCGAGAGAAAAAGGGAACAAUACCAAGCUAUCCUUCAACCAUUCACUCGAAAAUGUAAAAGAAAUGAGGUAACCCAAAUCUCAUUUUUUCCAACAAAAGAUGGGUUUUUACCAGCAUCUCAUCUGAAACUUUGGGUUGAUCAGGUGAAGUUGGAGGUCAAACUUGCAGCAGGGAUUUGUCCCAUAGAAAUAACACUCAAGAAGCUCAAAAUUCCAACACACGAUGGAUAGUUCUUGAUAGCCAUUUGAAGAAGUACAAAAUGUGUAUAUACUGGAAUGUUGAAUGCAAUGUUGCAGUAAUGAAAGGAAAAGAUGUUGCCACUUUAAUGCCAUCGAGAGCUCCCAAGCCCAAACACUCGCCGGUAAGUAGCGAAAGAGCGGAUGCCGAGACUUGGCCCGACGAUCAACCCCUGAAUGAUCCAGAAAAUGUGAAUCAGAAAGCAGUCGAGGAAGGGGAAUCACCUAUACUACAAACUCCACGGGGUCCCUCUUGGUAUCCGUUGCAAUAUAGAGCCGGUUUCCCUAAAGAAUUUUCGUUGGACGAAAUCGAAGAGAUUACAAAUGGCUUCUCUGAUAUCAUUUGUGAAGAGGGGAAUCUUAAAAUCUAUGAAGGUGUAUUGGAGAAUACCCCUGUUAUAGUCAAAUCUAUUCAAGACGAUGAACGGUUUUGGUCGAUGCUUACGAUCCUCUUCCGUGUACGCCAUCGCAACAUCAUGAACAUCGUUGGAUAUUGCCUCAGUGGUACAAACGGAUUACUCAUAUCCGACUAUCCGUGUUUGUAUAAUUUUGCAAUGAAAUUGCAAUGUGAUAUUUCUGCAAUUAACCUGACUUGGAGAGCAAGGUGGUAUACCGCCAUUGAAAUAGGUGGCAGCUUGCGCUAUCUUCACGAAGAAUGUCCCGAUGGACCGAUUGUUCACCAAUCGGUCUGUUCAUCUAAUAUCGUUUAUUCCCAUGGUUACUCACCUAUGCUAAGUAAUUUUAUAACAUCUAAGUGGCACAAGGGUGAGGUUCAAUGUAAUGGGAAUUCAACUGGCAAAUGUCCAAACCUAGAGGAAGACAAAAGGGUUUAUGUGGAUGUACAUGACUAUGGAUUGUUCCUUGUGGAGCUUAUUUCUGGAAAAGUUGCAGGUUGCUUUCCACAUGAAAAUGAGGGUCAGACCUUAAAGGACUGGGCGCUGCCACUGCUUGAAAGCGAUUCAGUCACUCACCUGAUGGAUCCAAGAUUGUCUGAUAAAGAUGAUGAUUUGAAGGUCGUUCAUUGUAUGGCUCGGGCGGCAUUGCUCUGUUUGAAGAGUGAUUCAGGCCGCAGUAUUUCCAUUAGCGAGGUCUUAGCUGUGGUUCGAGGUGAUCAGCGUGCAAUACUUCAAUUUUGA